AUGACAGAGAGAUUCAACCGAAGCAUUGAGCCAUGGGCUCCAACCAGCGCUUGGCCUGGUCUGGGCGCAGCAAGAGCGGAGCCGAGCGAGGAAACUGCCUGGGAGUAUGUCAACGCUUUCUUUGAAAAUUGCUGGGAAGCUCGCUUAGGUCUCAUCCAUCGCCCAGACUUUGAAGCCCAACUUCAAGCGCAUUUUCUCGACGAUUCCUCCUCCCGCAAUGAUUAUGCCGAGAUCGCUCUCCGCAACGUCGUGUUUGCGGCUGGCUAUCGAAGUAUAAUGGCCAAGACUGCAAAAAUCCCAUUCCACAUAGCCCGAAAAGCGGCCUGGGAAGGCUAUUUCCAGAACGCGUUGUCGGUCUUGACUGGACUCCUCCUGUCGCCUUCAAGACUUAUGGUCGUACAAGGACUGGCAUUGAUGGCUUGUUACGUCGAGGGGCUUGGAAGCCCUGAUAUUCAGCGCGUGCUAUGCCAUAAUGCGGUUCAUGCGGCACUAACGCAGGGCUUACACCUUGGUCAUGAGUCAGACCAUCGGGCGAGCUCCUCAUCGGACAACCAUCUGAAAAAGACCUGGGUGUGGUGGGCAGUGUAUGCGCUAGAAAAGCAUCUCUGUCUCGCCAGCGGAAGGCCAUCGAUGAUUGACGACUAUAUAAUCAGUGUUUCAAUCCCAUCGAAAGUCCCACCUAACAGCACCAUAUAUCUAGAAGCCACCACAUUAGCAACUCGGCACGCAAAGAUCUGCUCCCGAAUCCUUCAGGAAAUCAUGUCAACAAAGGCACAAAGGUUAUCUCCCCAUGAGCUUCUCAACGUCGUGAACGACAUCGACCGACAGCUCAAAAGCCUGCUUGAUGACUUUCCAUCCGACCUCCAGGUUGGUACCCUUGCCAAAUUAUCUGAAGAGACACAUCCAAUGGCCCAUCGUCUCCACACCUUGUAUCUCUACUUCGCAAUCCAUGGCAGUUUAUUGGCGCUUCACUCGCACUUUUUCUACCCCUGGCUUUCCGUCCGGCUUUGUGAUCGUGGUCCAGAUGUUGCUUUGGAGGCGCAGUUGCAUGCUUCGUCAAAGACGGUGACGGAAGCUGCCCGGAAGAUGUUACUAGCAGUCCGGAUAGUAACCACAAAUGCAGCCACACCUACAUGGCUGGCAGUUACUUAUCCUAUAUAUGCACAUCUGAGCUUAUUUGUGCAUGUGCUGAAACAUCCGACCUUUCCCACCGCCAGCGCCGACCUUGGCCUCCUCGACAUCUGUGCGGGCCAUUUUGGGUACAUUGAUUUUAUGACCUCUUCUGAGAUAUCCAUCUCUCUAGCAAGAGAGUCCGUCAACCUCGCGGCUAAAUUCGUCAAAGCUGCCAACAAAAGACACGACAAUGGUCAGACCUCCAGAUUUAACCAGGGGCGCGGAGUCAAAAGCGCGAAUGCUCAGAGCAAGCGAUCAGACAACUAUAGCCCCCAGAAUACAAACUCGCGGUCGGUUUCUGCAGCACUGGGCCAGGGGAACUUUGCGAAUGUUGAUGGUGACUGGAAUAUGCUGCCAUUUCUGGACACUUUGGGUGCGGACGACAAUACUUAUGACAGUUUCCUUCUCCAACGUCCCUAG